AUUUCAAAUUCACUUCUACUUUGCGGUAUGUAUGGAAUCCCAUUCAGAGUACUAAGCCCAAGUUUUACAGGUAGAAAAAAAAUAUGUAGAUCCGACUUCUCAUUCAUUUUUUUACACUUCUUCCUUUUAAGGCUUAAACCUUUGCUCUCUAUCGAGUCAUCCGACAAAGGAGGAGAAAUUUGUAGAAAUAAUUAAUUUGAACGAGACAAAUACACUCUCUACCAAACAUACUGCGAAGGAAUCAUCAUAAUCUUUGCUUGGUUUGGGAUUCAAUUGAGGUGAUAUACAUAUGAUCUCUCAAUAACUAUGGAAGAUGGGUGAAUCAAGCAAACAAUUGAGAUCAUAUGAAAAUAGAGAAGUAGGAGGAAACAUGGCAAUGCGGCUGCUAUGCUCUGUACGAUCACCCAGGCAAUGCUGGCCCGGAUGGUAAUACGGUGGAUGCUAUCACAACAUGGUGACUUUAUUCUGCUGAAUUGCAGCAUUUGCCCUCAACUGACGUGGAUCAUCGUCUGCUUCUAGACCUCCUAACAAAUGCUAUAAAACCUUACGUCAUAAUCUGUUGAUUUUUACAAUAUGAAGACUAUUUACAUUUAUAUUUGAAUCUAUGUUUGACAAAAUUGUAGCUAUCAAAAGCUACGAUGUGUAUGUUCACCACUGCUUCAGACCAGAACACUGUAGAUAGAAGAUUUUAAGUUUUAACUUUAAAAAAUAUUGUAUAUUCAGAUGUGCCACUCAUUGUCUUUAGUUUUCACAUUGUGGUAUUAAUCAAUAAGCAAGAUAUCUUUGUUACACAUCUUUUAUGCAGAACACUCCUACCGCAAUGGGGAGUAAACUGCCUCAUGGCCAUCGAAUGCUGAUCAAUCAGCCUCUUCUCUAGAAUGGAGUGAAUCCCAGUAGCAUUUCCAGAUUUAAUCUCUGGAAUGGAGUGAAUUCCAGUAUCAUUUCCAGAUUUAAGAUCUUAAGAUUUGCUGUAAACAAUCAAAUAGUCACGAUUGAAAUUUUAGAGAGAGACAAAGCGCAAUGGAAAGUGAAGAGGAGAGUACAGUGAAGGAUCGAUUGGAUCUCAUGAGACUCAGUCUUGACGAGAGAAUCUACGUUAAACUCCAUUAUGACAGAGAACUCCAUGGCAAACUUCAUGCGUAUGAUCAGCAUCUUAAUAUAAUUCUUGGUGAUAUUGAAGAAAUUGUGACCACAAUUGAGACUGAUGAUGAAACAUAUGAAGAUAUAAUUCGGGCGACGAUAUGGACCAUUCCGUUCCUAUUUGUUCGUUGAGAUGGUGUAAUUCUGGUAUCUCUUCCACUCCGGACUGCUUGAUCAAGAGAGGCGUGUAAUCGUGUAUCCAAAUCUGCAAACAUGCAACAUAUGAUUUAAAAUGUUGCAGUUGACUCAAUAGACUAUUGUUGGGUGAAGGGUGGUCUGUGAUUCUGUGUAGUAUAUCUGAUUUUCAAAACAAAAUAUUACUAAAUUUGAAAUCCUUGUGCCCUUUCUAGCAUUUGAUACAUGUAACCUGUGCUUCAUGUGUUUACCUAAUUAAAAAAGCUCUUAAGUUUGUUGUGCUCUAGAAAUGGUUCAUUUAGUUAUUUCCUAAAAGUGGAGGAUUUUUCGAAUAUACAAUAGACAGACGACCUGCUUGUGCAUCUUCUUCAAAAUUGACAUGCUUGAAAUUAAAUUUGCAAGUUUGUAUGUCAAGUAUAGUUAUUAUGGUUAGAGGAGGUGGUGACAAAGAGGUUCUGUAUAAGUUAUUUGGC